AUGAAAAGAAACGUAUCUCGAGAAAUCUUAAAAAAUAAUGAAAUUAAAUUUUUUAUUCCACAAUGCAAACUAUGCUCUAAGCAUGCUCUUAUCAUCAAUUUUAUCAACCACAAAAGAAAUAUUUCUGUAUUAUUCUGUUAUACGGAAAGUUUAUGAAACUAAGGGUUUGGACUAUUUUGGUAUUCCUGAACGAAUUAGUUUGCAUUUAAUUCGCAAUUAUUAAGCAUAGCGGGAAAGUAAACAUUAUGACGCGUUUCUCAUCCCGUUGCCAAUUACUACAAAUUAUCAUUUUUUCUAUUUAUUGGUUUAUACUCUUUCCGAUGAUUUGGUUCGUUUUGCAUCCUCAACUAUUCUCAAGUAAUAUUUUAUGGUCUCUACUGUUUGCUGCUUUACUAUGGGCCGUAUACUGCUUAAUAUAUGCAUUAAUUAAAUAUAUUACAUUCAAAUGUGAUCAGGAUAAUGCACAUAUUGAUAAAGCUAAUGAUCAAGCGACGGAAUUGAAAAGCAUACAUAACGACAUCACGAUUACUGACAACGACGCGAAUUUAGUCGCAAAAGUUGAUACAUGCCCGGUUAAGAGGGAUGACAAUGGUGAAAUCGAGUGCGGCGCCAGUUGCGGGGAAGUGACAAAUAAACGCUUCGUUACAAGCUGCUUAUUGUAUUAUGAUGGCGAAGAUUUUCAUUUGUAGCCAAAAGUCAAGAAGUAUUCACUUAUUUUCCACUAAAACUUAUUACAAAUAUUCCUUAAAUAAACAAAAAAU